AUGGAUAACUUGGAGGGGAUGCUCCUGGUCCCUCCGGAACGCGGCCAGAUACUUGGAAGAGCUGUUUGGAAGGUUAGUCUCCUUUAUCGCGCUGCUCUAUUUGUCACCCAAACUCACAGUCCUCCGAAAAAGCUGCGAUAUGUUGUCGUUGGUAGGCGUAACACCAGAGGUGGCCCUAGUCAGUCACAGUUUAUCUCCAACGGUCGCAACAACAGUCUUGGGGGCAGUAGAUCUUUCCCCAAACUACCCAUAGAAGAAUCCUGCAUACUCAUCUAUAAACACAAGGACGACAAUGAGCCAAUCCAGCAAUGGCCAGUGAACUCUAUCACCGAUUGUCAGGUCCAGCAAAUCAAUCAUCGCAAACAGGGUCCCGUUCUUCCUACUCUCGUCAUCUCCGUUGCCGACAAAGAAAAGAAACGACGUUCGAGCCGGGCUGCCGGUCUCAUAUCAUCGAGCAAAGAAGCUAGCGCGACGACCCUGUGGUUUCGCACGCCUCCAGACGAUCAUCAUGUCAGUUUACAUGAGUGGGCACGCAACAUUCUUGCUCGAAAAUCUCCGAUGAGUCCAGAGAGCCCAAUGUCACCCCAGUUCUCCAACCCCUUUGCCUCGAUGUCUCGCGAUGCCUCCGAUUAUUUCUCCCGGCCGACCAGUGGUAACAAAUCUGGCCGGUCUGAUCCACGGAGUCUUCAACAUAAGAGCUCUAUCAACACACAAUCAACAACUACAACCACCACCACCACCAGAGAGCGGCCCCUCACAUUCAGUUCCGAAUCCCCCAGUUUACGAUCAAAACGCAGUGAUGUCUCCUCUCCUUCGAGCAACAAUUAUCCAAUUCAGCAAAUGAAUUUCCCGAUCCCUGGGCAGCACUACACUACGGUCCUUCCAACUGAUUUGCCAUCCCCUGUCAAUACUACAGGAGAUUAUCAAGGGGAAUUCAUCGAGGGGUGGACCUCCGCGCAAGGAAGAUCAUCCACAAUGAGCUCGCCAAUCCGCGGUCGCAGCAGUAUUGGCUCUCAGCCGCCACAUCCAUCUAUCGCUGCGAUAGAGUCUAGCUCUCCGCCUGGGCCACGUGAGACCAUCUUGGACAGAGCGUUUCAGAUGCGAUGCAUUCCUGGUUCUGAGCGAGAGGUGCCUGGCGAGGAGAAGCUGAGCUCCUUGGCUCGAUUUGAUGCAUUGAUGCGAGAAGCUGACGACAAAAUGAAACAGAGGGCAGAAGCCGAACGAGCCCAACAAUUGGCAAUGCGCAGUGCUUUCGAGGCCUCUGACAGUUCUAGCCAGGAUGAUGAUAGCGAUUCGGACGAUUUAGACGAGGAUGCGUACGGAGGGGUUCCUGAUCGACGAGGUCCGGCCUUGAUACCUUCGACAACACAGAGGGCAUUGCAGUUUAUUGCUGAUCGUCGUGACCCAGCACCGUUAUCACCAUCCAGCCGUUCUUCGGUAUCGAGGACUCCGGUGAUACCCCAAUCACCUCCUAUACGACCGCACACUGCACAUGCUAAAACGAGGCCGAACCCCACACAGAGGACUAACAGCACCCCUCAAAUGAUUGCCAACAUGGCCAGGCUGGAAUUGACUGCACCCCCAAGCAAGGUGUCUGAUGAUUCCUCAUUGAGGUCGAACGGAGACAAGCGUCUCUCCACUUCAAGCACUGCUACCAAAAGGUUGAGUUUCACCGAAUUUACCAAAAGACUAUCGAGCACCAGCAGCUUACUGUUCGUCCAGACGAACGCUAGUGGGAGGAGUUCCCGGAGAAGCAGCGAGAUCGACCUCCAGCCCUCGCCCCUACCAUGUGGGACACUGAAUCCAGAAAGAACUUCAGUGCCCACCCGAGACCAAGACCAAGACCAAAACUCUGGUGAUGUCACCACCAGAUGUGGGUGGCGCAACAGUGUUAGCGUUGUCGGCAGAGAUGGCACCUUCUUCUGA